AUGAGUAUAAAAACCAUUGAUAAGGAAGAUGUCCAUCGUAUAACAUCAGGACAGGUGAUUGUUGAUUUAUCCUCUAUUGUGAAGGAGUUGGUGGAGAACGCUCUUGAUGCGGGUAGUCUGAAGAUAGAGAUAACGUUUAAGAAUCAUGGUCUAGAGUCAAUUAUAGUUGAAGACGACGGAUCUGGGGUUGCUAAGGAAGACUUUCCCAAUAUAUGCUUGAAAUAUCAUACCUCAAAGCUAACGAAUUUCGAGGAACUUAACGAGGUCAACACAUUAGGGUUUAGAGGUGAAGCACUAAGCUCAAUCACGUCUAUAGCUAAUGUUGAAAUAAUAACAUGUACCAAAGAUGAUCACCCACGGGCUUCUGAGCUAAGUUUUGAUAGAUUGGGACAUUUAAAAAAAGUAAAGUCAAAGAUUGGAGGACGCAUAGGCACAUCAGUCAUUAUAACCAACAUUUUUCACAAUUUACCUGUGAGAUUAAAAAAUCUAGAAAAGAAUGUUAAUAAGGAAUAUAAUAAGGCAGUCAAGAUUCUUAUGAGUUAUAUGCUUUCCAGCCCACAGGUACGCUUCAUGGUCUACAAUAUUGGAAAAACUAAUAAGAAAACAUUGCAAUUGGCAACAAAAGGAGGUAAAACUUCAACUAUGUUAGAUAACAUGGUUAAUGUAUUUGGAAGUAAUGCCUCAUAUGGAAUAGUUCCAGUUGCUUUUGAGGCAGAUAAUUUGGAGGCAAAAUUUAGACUUUCUGCGGGAGAAUUUCCUAUCAUGAAGAGCUUCACACUUAAAGUUGAAGGCCUAAUUUCAAACUGUUCUUUUGGAUUAGGAAGAUCCUCAGCAGAUCGUCAGUAUUUUUUCAUCAACAAAAGGCCAAUUAUAUCUAAAAAGUUUUCAAAAACUGUGAAUGACGUCUAUAGAGCCUUUAAUCAUGUUCAGUACCCGGUAAUAGUUUUAAAUUUGGAAAUAUCAAAUCAGUUCUUAGAUAUCAAUAUAACUCCCGAUAAGAGAACUAUAUUCAUUCGCAAUGAAGAUGUCAUUGACAAUGUCUUAAGGGAACAGCUCACAGCAUUUUACAAUGAACAAGGUAAUACAAUUCCCAAAAAUAAUGAGAAUAUCAUAUCCAACGAUAAUCAUAAACCUAUUAAUUGUGACAUUAAAAAAACAUCACUUCUGAAAAAAAUGGAGUAUAAAAUUCCUGAGGAAAACAAGAGCCUGGAAAAGGAUGAAACUAUUGGUGAUGAUUACAAGGAUGGUGUUACUUUGAUUACUUUUGCAAAUGAAGCUUUGGAAACCCUUGACAACCGUCCGGUUGAAUCUGAAGAACAAGGUGAGAUCCAUGAUGGGAUGCAGGAGGAUUAUCGUCGUCCUCGAGAGCCUCAGGUGGAUACAAAACCAAGGGAAAAUGAAAGUGAAAAUGAAAAUGAAAAUGAAAAUGAAAAUGAAAAUGAAUGUGAAUGUGAAAGUGAAAAUGAAUGUGAAUGUGAAAGUGAAAAUGAAAGUGAAAGUGAUGGUAACAAUUCUCAAGAAAAACGUGAAAAUCUCAAUGACAGAGUAAAUAAUGAUAUAUCUUCAAAUAUCCUGAAGUAUAGUGAUAAAGAUCAUCGCUGUCUUGCGAAAAUACCAAAUGCCGUUGGCGUCAAUUUAGAUUCAGAAAGUCAUAAUAAAUCACUCAAAAAGAACACAAGAGAUCUUAAUACAAGGCUGCAAAAAACUUUUGAUUCUGAUUCUGCUGAUAUUUCAGAUAGCGAAUCAAAUGACUCUGAGAAAGAGCAAGGGAUGUCUAACAUCGCUGCACAAAAUGAAGAUACAGAAAGCAGUGUCGAUUUGUCAGGCUUCAAAAAUAAUGCAUCUUCGGGUUCUACAAAGCCAUCAAAGCCUAGCGAUGGCAUUCUCAAAAUUACCGUAGGGGACUUGACGUUUGAAGAAAGUACCAUUAAGAGACGAAAGAUUCGGGAUAGUCCAUCAUCCAAGUAUACUACACCCCAUAGAAAUGCAGUCCACAAUCUUUCAAGAGUAGUUUUCAUAGAUAUUGAGCUGGUUGUUGCAUCGGUUUCCAUGACAUCAAGGCAAAAUAAGACAAUGAAGAUCCCCAAUAAAAGACUCGUGAUAGAUCCAAUUGAAAAGACUGAGGAAGCAGAAAAGAAGCUCUCGUAUAUAGUAUCAAAAAAAGACUUUCUUAAUAUGAGAAUUAUUGGUCAAUUCAAUUUGGGCUUCAUAUUGGUCUCACUUAAUUCGUCGAAUAAUAUGUUCAUAAUCGACCAGCAUGCAUCGGACGAGAAGUUUAACUUUGAAAGGUUCACGAGAAAUACUCAGUUCCAGGGUCAGCCACUAGUUUCACCCAAGACAGUUGACCUCAGUGUUAUCGAUGAAAUUACAGUUGCUGAUAACAUAGAUGUAUUUAAGCAAAACGGCUUUAAUGUUACGUUUUGUGAAGAUGCGCAACCAGGAGAGCGUGUAAGGCUCUUGUCUUUACCCAUGCUGAAAGAUGUAAUAUUCGAUGUCAAUGAUUUCCACGAACUAAUACAUCUUAUCAGUUCGUCUCCUUCAAAGUAUAAUGUAAAAUGCUCCAAGAUAAGAACGAUAUUAGCCCUGAGGGCUUGCAGGGGGAGUAUUAUGAUUGGUCAACAUCUUAAUAAAACCACAAUGACUAAAGUAGUGUCUAAUUUGUCUACUCUAGAUAGGCCAUGGAAUUGUCCCCACGGAAGACCGACUAUGCGACAUUUAAUUGAGUUAAAAAAUUACCCUACAUUUGAUGAAGAUUAUAUGAUCUAA